GGUGAGUGAGAAGAUAGGAAGGCAGGCGGCUGAGGAGUAUAGGGUGGGGCUGGGAAGGGGACGCACCAUGGCCCCCCCUCCCCUCCCACGCACCCCCCUGCUACGUCAGAAGCUCCCGGGCCAGCUCUGAGUCCUGUCGGUGGGGGCAGCAGGAUGCUGGUGGAAGCAGAGGGGACCGGCCGGGUGCCUCCGCAGCUCGGCUGGCAGGGCCCGGCGGGGCGUGUGUGGCUGCUGGUGCGCGCCCCCCAGCCCCACGCCUCCCCAUGCAGCCCUGGCAGUGCCUCCGGCGCUUUGCCCUGGCCUGGUGGGAGAGGACGGCGGAGGGCAGAGCCCGCUCUCCCAGGGAGGAGGCUGGACCGAGGGACUCUGGGGGCCGAGGGGAGCCAGGGCUCCAGCGUGCAGCGGGAGGGAAGCCUCCAGGACUCUGUUCCCUCUGUUUAAAGUCUCCAGAUCCGGAGCGGAGCAGCCCCCCCAUGCUGUCUGCGGACGAUGCCGAGUACCCGCGGGAGUACCGGACCCUGGGGGGCGGGGGCGGCGGGGGUAGCGGGGGCCGGCGCUUCUCCAACGUGGGGCUGGUGCACACGUCCGAGCGGAGGCACACGGUGAUCGCGGCCCAGAGUCUGGAGGCGCUCAGCGGGCUCCAGAAGGCGGACGCCGACCGCAAGCGCGAUGCCUUCAUGGACCAUCUGAAGAGCAAGUACCCGCAGCACGCCCUGGCCCUGCGAGGCCAGCAGGACAGGAUGCGAGAGCAGGUUGGCGGCUGGACCGUGGACCCCGUGUGCCUCCUCAGCUCCCUCUGCUCCCACCUCCACGGCGACUCCGCCCCCUCCGGGGCUGGCCAGCCGGCCCAGCAGCCAAACUACUGGAGUUUCAAGACCCGCAGCUCACGCCACACUCAGGGAGCCCAGCCUGGGCUGGCAGACCAGGCGGCAAAGUUGUCAUACGCCUCCGCCGAGUCGCUGGAGACCAUGUCGGAGGCCGAGCUGCCCCUGGGCUUCAGCAGGAUGAACCGCUUCAGACAGAGCCUGCCUCUCUCCCGCUCAGCUAGCCAGACCAAGCUGCGCUCCCCAGGGGUGCUGUUCCUGCAGUUCGGGGAGGAGACUCGGCGCGUGCACAUCACGCACGAGGUCAGCAGCCUGGACACGCUGCACGCACUCAUCGCGCACAUGUUCCCGCAGAAGCUCACCAUGGGCAUGCUUAAGUCGCCCAAUACUGCCAUCCUCAUCAAAGACGAAGCUCGCAACGUCUUCUACGAGCUGGAGGACGUCCGGGACAUCCAGGACCGCAGCAUUAUCAAGAUCUACAGGAAGGAGCCCCUCUAUGCUGCUUUCCCUGGUUCACACCUCACCAACGGGGACCUCCGGAGAGAGAUGGUGUACGCGUCGCGGGAGUCGUCGCCCACGCGGCGCCUCAACAACCUGUCACCAGCGCCGCACCUGGCAUCCGGCUCGCCGCCGCCCGGGCUGCCGUCGGGGCUGCCGUCCGGGCUGCAGUCGGGCUCGCCGUCGCGCUCGCGCCUCUCGUACGCCGGGGGGCGCCCGCCCUCAUACGCCGGCAGCCCGGUGCACCACGCGGCGGAGCGUCUGGGAGGCGCCCCGGCCGCCCAGGGCGUCAGCCCCAGCCCCAGCGCCAUCCUGGAACGGCGCGACGUGAAGCCAGACGAGGACCUGGCGGGCAAGGCGGGCGGCAUGGUGCUGGUGAAGGGCGAGGGCCUCUACGCCGACCCCUACGGGCUACUGCACGAGGGCCGUCUGAGCCUGGCGGCCGCCGCUGGCGACCCGUUCGCCUACCCGGGCGCCGGCGGCCUCUACAAGCGCGGCUCGGUGCGCUCGCUCAGCACCUACUCGGCCGCCGCGCUGCAGUCCGACCUGGAGGACUCCUUGUACAAGGCGGCGGGCGGCGGCGGCCCGCUCUACGGCGAAGGCUACGGCUUCCGCCUGCCGCCCUCGUCGCCGCAAAAGCUGACAGACGUGGCGGCGCCCCCCGGAGGCCCCCCGCCACCUCACAGCCCCUACUCGGGGCCGCCCAGUCGCGGCUCGCCGGUGCGCCAGUCCUUCCGCAAAGACUCGGGCUCGUCCGUCUUCGCGGAAAGUCCUGGAGGGAAGACCCGCAGCACCGGGAGCGCCUCGACGGCCGGCGCUCCACCUUCAGAACUCUUCCCUGGGCCCGGGGAGCGCCCGCUGGUUGGGUUUGGGCCGCCAGUGCCAGCUAAGGACACGGAGACCAGGGAGCGCAUGGAGGCCAUGGAGAAGCAGAUUGCCAGCCUCACAGGCCUGGUACAGAGCGCCUUACUCCGAGGCUCGGAGCCUGAGACCCCCAGUGAGAAGAUUGAAGGCUCCAAUGGAGCAGCCACCCCCUCAGCAACUUGCGGGUCAGGCGGCCGGAGUAGCGGGGCCACCCCGGUGUCCGGCCCGCCCCCACCCUCGGCCGGCAGCACCCCCGCAGGGCAGCCUACCGCCGUUAGCCGGCUGCAGAUGCAGCUGCACCUGAGAGGCCUGCAGAACAGCGCCAGUGACCUGCGCGGCCAGCUCCAGCAGUUGCGCAAGCUCCAGCUACAGAACCAGGAGUCGGUGCGCGCGCUGCUGAAGCGCACGGAGACAGAGCUGAGCAUGCGCGUGUCGGAGGCUGCGCGGCGGCAGGAGGACCCGCUGCAGCGCCAGCGCACCCUGGUGGAGGAGGAGAGGCUGCGCUAUCUCAACGACGAGGAGCUCAUUACCCAGCAGCUCAAUGACCUGGAGAAAUCGGUGGAGAAGAUCCAGAGGGACGUGUCCCACAACCACCGGCUGGUGCCUGGCCCUGAGCUGGAGGAGAAGGCGCUGGUGCUGAAGCAGCUCGGGGAGACUCUGACGGAGCUCAAGGCUCACUUCCCAGGCCUGCAGAGCAAGAUGCGGGUGGUGCUGCGCGUGGAGGUGGAGGCGGUGAAGUUCCUGAAGGAGGAGCCUCAGCGCCUGGACGGGCUCCUCAAGCGCUGCCGCGGGGUCACGGACACACUGGCCCAGAUCCGAAGGCAAGUGGAUGAGGGUGUGUGGCCACCUCCGAACAACCUCCUGAGUCAGUCCCCCAAGAAGGUGAUGGCAGAGACUGACUUCAACAAGAGCAUGGACUUCGAAAUACCACCUCCCAGCCCCCCGCUGAACCUGCACGAACUGAGUGGGCCAGCUGAAGGAGCCUCUCUUACCCCCAAAGGGGGCAACCCCACCAAAGGCCUGGACACUCCUGGCAAGAGAAGCGUAGACAAGGCUGUGUCUGUUGAGGCUGCAGAGCGAGACUGGGAGGAGAAGCGGGCAGCCCUGACCCAGUACAGUGCCAAGGACAUCAACCGGCUGCUGGAAGAGACACAGGCGGAGCUGCUCAAGGCCAUCCCUGACCUGGACUGUGCCAGCAAGGCCCAUCCAGGCCCAGCCCCCACUCCAGACCACAAGCCCCCCAAGGCCCCCCAUGGCCAGAAGGCAGCCCCCCGAACAGAGCCCAGCGGGAGGAGAGGCUCAGAUGAGUUGACAGUGCCCCGAUACCGCACAGAAAAGCCCUCCAAGUCGCCCCCGCCGCCCCCGCCCCGCCGGAGCUUCCCCUCCUCUCACGGCCUGACCACCACACGCACUGGAGAGGUGGUGGUCACCAGCAAGAAGGACUCAGCUUUCAUCAAGAAGGCCGAGUCCGAGGAGCUGGAGGUGCAGAAGCCCCAAGUGAAGCUGCGCCGGGCGGUGUCCGAGGUAGCCCGCCCGGCCUCCACACCACCCAUCAUGGCCUCGGCCAUCAAGGACGAGGACGAUGAGGAUCGCAUCAUCGCAGAGCUGGAGGUGUUUGAGAGAAGCUCAGUGUCUUCCCUCCCCCCCACGCCCCGCCGCCAGCUGAUCCCCACCUUGCUGUCCCCCCAGGACCUGGGGCCCCCCAGGGGCUCAGCCCUGGGCCCUACACGGAAGAGUGGCGGAGGCAGUGUACCACCCAUGAAGGUGGUGACUCCGGGGGCCUCUCGGCUGAAGGCAGCCCAGGGCCAGGCGGGCAGCCCCGACAAAAGCAAGCAUGGCAAGCAGAGGGCCGAGUACAUGCGGAUCCAGGCCCAGCAGCAGGAGUCCCCUCACUCAGAGACAGAAGACUCAUCUCCAGCUACCACUGCUGCUCUUGGAGGAGGGGUGAGCUGCCUGCUCUUCCAGAUCCCACUCUCAUCUCAGGCUCCCUCUGAGCUCUUAGGCCACCCCCAGCCGAGGGAGAAGCCAGCUUUGCAUCUGCCUUUCAGCCUUGUGUUUGGGUUUCAGUGGGGUCACCUCCCAUCUUUGCAAGGUGAGGUGGGGACAAGGGAGAGGCACUUUGGCCCUCAGGAAGGGCAGGGGUGCCAAAGGAAUUGCAGGGCUGCUGCAGUCUUUCAGAUCCAAUGAGCAGGUGCGGGGGCCACGUAGAGAGUGGACAAACCUCACCCGUGGGUGUUUAUUGCCCAUGGCCUGCCUGUGUGGCCCAGUUAGAGGCUGCAGGGUGGCCCCCAGACUUACUUGUGAGAGACAGUGUGCUCAUUUGGGUCAGUGAAUAUUUCUGAGCAGCUCCUGUAUGCCAGGCCCAUCCUGGUUGUGAGGGUGGGGGCUGUGUUAUGUCCAGAUGCUCUCACUUGAAGAAGGUUCUAGAUUUAGAGGCAAACGGUUAGAAAUGGGUGAGUCCACCUCCUUUUCAGAUGAGGGGACAGCUCAGAGAAGGGACGGGCUUCCCAAAGAUGCAGAGCAAGGGGGCAUCACAGCCAAGAUCAGGACCCAGGAACCCUGGAACCUUUCCCUUCACUGGCCCUGGGACAGCCCUGGGCACCCAAGGCCCUGCCUCCGUGCUGGCUCCCGGGAGAACCUCUCAAAGACCAGCCCUCCAGCCCCCUACAGCCUCUCCACAGCUUCCCACCUGCCAACUCAUGGUCCCCAGACACCCCUCGAGUCUCACCCGCAACUCUUUUCCUGCCACUGCCAUUCCCCCGGUCCUGUCCAGGUGCCCAGCAUAGCAGCUGACACUGACAGAGCUUUCGCUGGGGCACCUGUGUUACCUCAUCUCACACUCACCACAGGAAGGUCUCUUACCCCCAUGUGACCAGUGAGGAAACAGACUUAACCCAAGGCCACACAGCUGGCAAGUGGGGGGCAAUACCCCAGUCCAGACUGCCUCCCUCCCCACCACAGAGCUUCAUCCUCCCCAGCAGGCCCUUCCCUCAGCUCUAAUCAUGCUCCCGUUUCCCACCCUAGCCCCUCGAUCCCCAGAGCCCAGCUCCUUGGCUGUGGUGUCAGCCUCCACCCUUCCCGGGCUUGCCUGGGUCCCCAGCGGCAUCCAGGUGUGCUCUUUCCACCCCCUCCCACACUGCUCUGCAGCAUAUGGCUGUGUAGACCCCCCCACCUGCAUAGGGCUGUGCAGACCCUCUGUUCCUCAGCAUCCUCUCUGCAGCCUCCACCCCAGCCUCAGGGCUCCUUUCUGGGUGGGUGACUUUUUUUUUUUUUUUUUUUUUGAGAUGGAGUCUCACUCUGUCAUGCAGGCUGGAGUGCAGUGGUACAAUCUUAGCUUACUGCAGCCUCCACCACCAGGUUCAAGUGAUUCUCAUGCCUCAGCCUCUUGAGCAGCUAGGACUACAGGCAUGUGCCACCAGGCUGGUUAAUUUUUGUAUUUUUAGUAGAGACGGAGUUUCACCAUGUUGGCAGGCGGUUCUCCAACUCCUGAGCUCAGGUGAUCCACCUGACUCAGCCUCCCAAAGUGCUGGGAUCACAGGUGUGAGACACCACACCCAGCCUGGGCAACUCUCCUCUUCCCGCCUCUUUCCUUCCCUGUUCCCUUCUCCUCAGCCUCUCCUCACACCAUUCCUUCCUCUCCUUGGGCACCAGGCACUGCUUAGUCCCUGCCCCCACCCAGGUCUCCACUCCAGUCAUCCAUACACACCUCCCCAGGCUCCUCGAACAGACACAAUGCCCCCCUCCCGCCCCAGCCUAUACUAGGCUUACUAGGCUGCCCCAGCUGCUGUCCCGCUCAGGAAGGGUCACCUACCCCAGACUUGCCGAGCCCCUCCCUGCCCCUGUCUCACUUCCAGUGCUUCAGUAGGCUUUCUUACAAACGGCUUUUUUUUUGUUGCCCAGGCUGGAGUGCAAUGGUGCCAUCUCGGCUCACUGCAACCUCCACCUCCCGGGUUCAAGCGAUUCUCCUGCCUCAGCCUCCUGAGUAGCUGGGACUACAGCCGAGCAUCACCACACCUGGCCAAUUUUUUUUUGUGUGUGUAUUUUUAGUAGAGAUGGGGUUUCACCAUGUUGGUCAGGCUGGUCUCAAAUUCCUGACCUCAUGAUCCGCCCACCUCAGCCUCCCAAAGUGCUGGGAUUACAGGUGUGAGCCACUGUGCCCGGCCACUACUUCUUUCUGGUAAAGUAAUACAUGUUUCCUGUGGAAAUUUUAAAUAGUAAAGUAUAGAGAUGCAGGGGGAAAACCAUCUAUGUCUUACUAUCCACAUGCAUGGGCUUCUAAGAGCUCCCUGUGACUUCUGUCACCUCUAACUGAUUUCCCAAGGCCUGCGAGUGGGAAGGGAACUUUGUAAAAUGCAGAUUUGAUUGUCUCUGUGUGUGUCAGACACACACACACACCCCUGCCAGCUUAAAAUCCCUGCCCCGAUCCCCGGUGGAUGAUAAGCCCAAAUCCUUCCUGUGCGGCCCAGGCCCUUCACAGCAGCCUCAGCUCACCCUGCCCCUCCGCUCCACGCCCUCCGUGUGCUCCAGCCACACCGGCCACUGGUGGGACAUGCUCCACGCCAGCUCAGCCUGUGGCCUUGGUCAGAGUCUUCUCUCUUCUCAGGCCUUUCCUCAUCUGUACAAUGGGGACAGAAGUAUCCAGCCGGGUCCUGAGCUCACGUAGUGCCAGGUGCAGGAGAGAGCUGGGAAAACCACAGCGAGCUCUAUGGCGGGGGGUCGGCGCCCAAGGCCUCUCCUUCACCCAGUGAGCCUAAGCUGUCAACAAUGUUGAGGUGGAGGGGACUAGAAGUGCCGGGAUCAGGGACACGGAAAUUGGGAGUGAGGAAGUUCUAAGGUGCAGGUGCCUUGCCACAGUGCCUGACCCCACGGGGCAGUCAGAGGAAGAAAAGCCCGUGAAUGUUGUGCUUUGAGAUGGGGGCCAGGUUCCCAGGCGUGCAAGGAUCAAGGGCUUCGUGGCGACCUGAAGCUAUGGACACCCCUUCUUCUAUUAGGGCUAAGAAAUCUGCCGUGACUCAGUGUCCUUGUCUGUAAAUGGAGCUAAUAUUGUGAGCUAGGGCUCAUAAGCCUAUUACUAAGGAUUAAAUAUGAUCUAAGUAAAGAGUGUACCCAGUGCCCGGCGCGUGGAGCUGCUUUCUUCUGCUUACUGCUAUUUGUUUUCUUCGAGACUGAGUUUUGCUCUGUCACCCAGGCUGGAGUGCAGUGGCAUGAUCUCGGCUCAUUGCAACCUCCACUUCCCGGGUUCAAGCAAUUCUCCUGUCUCAGUCUCCCAAGUAGCUGGGAUUACAGGCACGCGCCACCACACCAGGCUAAUUUUUGUAUUUUUAGUAGAAACAGGGUUUCACCAUGUUGGCCAGGCUGGUCUCGAACUCCUGAACUUGUGAUCCACCCGCCCUGCCCUCCCAAAGUGCUGGGAUUACAGGUGGGAGCCACUGCGCCCAGCCUUUAUUUAUUUUUGUAUUUUUUUAGUAAAGAUGGGGUUUCACCAUGUUGACCAGACUGGUCUCAAAGGCCUGCCUUGGCCUCCCAAAGUGCUGGGAUUCCAGGCGUGAGCCAUCACAUCCGGCCCCAUAUGAAGAAACUUUAAUCAAAGGACCACACCAGAGGAUUAAGGGAGCAAACAAGGGAUGUCGAGGCACCCAUGGACAUCCCAGUGCAGGAGGCUGUGACUCCCUGGGUGAAGAGCAGUGGGGCAGGUGUUUAGUUGAGUCCCAGAGGGCAGGAGCAGCAGAGCUGUGCUGUAGAUGGCACAGCUGCAGCCUGUGACACUGUUCCAAGGUGGAGAGAGCAGGGAAGGAACUUCACCCCCUCCCUCUCUCACCCUGCCAUAGACCCCAUGCCCAAAACCCAACCAGAGGCCAGUCAGCAAAGGAAUGACCGGAGUCAGCCUCUCAGGGUACAGAGCAGGGCAGAAAUUAGUUCUGGGAGGGCGGGGGCAGUGGCUCAGGCCUGCAAUCCCAACACUUUGGGAGGCUAAGACAGGAGAAUCACUUGAGGCCAGGAAUUCACGACCAGCCUGGGCAACACAGUGAGCCCCCAUCUUUAAAAUAAAAAAUGAAAUACAGAAAUUGGUUCUCGGGCAAGGAGAGACAAGUGAAAGACAUAGCAUACCUGUCAGGUACCAAGUGUAUAUACCUGUUUCUUCCUCAUAACAACUGUAUACCUUAGAGGAAACCAUGUUGUCGCAGCUGCAUCCCCAGAACACCUAGAAUAGUGCUAGGCAUAAGUAGGUACUCAGUAAAUAAUUGUUGGGUGAAUGAGCGAAUGAGUUUGCCACUGAUUAGGCCCAAUCCAGAUGGAAACAGACAAAGCGAAUCUGACAGGUGAAAAUAGCAAUCACUAUAAUGGCUACCAUUUGUUGCACGUAUCCUGAGGGUGCUGGGCCCCGGGCUUCACGCCUGUUGGCUUCAUCACAUCCUGUGCAUCAGGUGCUGUGGGGCCUGUUAUCCUUGUCUGCAGGUGAGACACGAAGGCCCAGAGAGAUACACGAUUAGGGUCAUAUGGUUAAAAAGUGACGGAGCGGGGAUUUGAACCCGUCUGCCUGCUACAAAUUCUGCUGCCUUAGUGCUGGAUUCUGUUGGCCUACCAGGGAGCAUAACCUCGUGGGUGUGAGCAAGCCUCUUUGAGAUCAUGAGAAUUCUAGAAGGUGGCACCUUAAAAAAAAAAAGACAGUUGACUAGAGCAGUAAAGCAAUGCUGGGCCUCACGUGUGUCAGUGAGAAUGCUUUCAGCUGCAAGGAACAGGCACUCCGAUUCAAAAUGGCUCAAACAAUAAGGAAAGGUAUCCUCUAACCAGGAAGGCUGGAAGCAGGGAGAUUCCAGGGUUGGCGCAUUCAGCAGCUUGAGGAUAGCAGGACUGAAGUUUCUUUGUAUUUGGUCCUGUUGUCAUUUCUAUUAUUAUUAUUUUUUUUUUGAGAAAGGGUCUUACUCUGUCACCCAGGCUGGAGUGCAGCGGUGCGAUCACAGCUCACUGCCACUUUCACCUCCUGGGCUCAGGCAGUCCUACCUCAGCCUCCAGAGAAGCUGGAACCACAGGCACACACCAUCACACUCAGCUAAAAAAAAGUUUGUUUUUUGUUUUUUUUUUAAGUGGAGACAAGGUCUUGCCAUGUUGUCCAGGCUGGUCUUGACUUCCUGGGCUCAAGCAAUCCUCCUGCCUCGACCUCCUAAAGUGCAGGGAUUACAGGUGUGAGCCAUCACACCCGGCCCUUGUUUUGAUUUGCAUAAAAGGGAAAUGUAGACAGCAACCUACGCUGUGGCGAGCAAAACCCAGGUGAAUCGCGGAACCAGCCAUUCGCGCACCUGUGUUAGAAGAAAUGGUGAUUGUAGUCAGGGUGGUUCUUCACCAUGAGCGUGAGCCGGGCAGGCUGCUGAAGGCAGGGCGUGCCUUAGCUGCUGUCUUCGCUGCUGGAAGGCCUCUGAAAGAACCCCCUGGCAGCAGGGUGACAAUACAGAAGUGAACGUCCCUGCCCAGACCUAACCUCAGGGUGGUCUCUGGUGACUCGCCACAGCACCCUGUCUCAUCUUUUGGAUCUUUUUUUAAAUCAGGGUGGUUCAGUUCUCACACUAGUAGCUAAGCAAGGCCAGGAGGGACAGUGAAUACAAUUCCCGGGAGAGACCAGGUCCAUGUAGCCCUAACCCAGUGGAUCUCAAAGGUAAGUGUGCAGCAGACUCACGUGGGUGCCUGCUUUGAAAAUGCACAUUCAGGAGCCCACACAAGAGACAGGGGAGCCCAGGAAUAUGCAUUCACGAUGCAUGCUACAGGGGGUCUGUCCCCUGGAGGUGAUGAGGUGAUGCACGAUGCACAUAGCUCUCAAACCAUACUUUGGAGACCAAAGCUCCAGAUGCCGAGCCUCUGGGACUGGGGGAGACACGGCCUGAUGUAGGGGUCCACCGAAGGUGGGAGGAGGCUGAGGGGCCAGUUCUGACCACCAGAGCUGACCAGUGAGGGCAGGCAAGUCAUGAGGGAGUAGCCCCCAUGACCAACUGGGGCAACCAGGAGCACUUUCGGUGCUUCCUGUGCUGGGUGGGAGGCUGUGUGGUAGCACCGUCCCAGAUUUCCAGGUGGUUUGGGGGGGGUCUUCAACGUGUUUAUUCCCGACUCUGUUGCCACCAGGAUGAGGUUGGAAGGGGCCUUGGCCAUAUGGCAGGCCAGUUGGGACUAGGAGCCUUUCCCCACCCUGCCCCCCUCCCCCCAAGGCUGGGUGUCCCUGUGGCAGCUAACGUUUCACUUCUUCUUCCUUCCCUCCUCUGCCCUCCCCCACCGUCUCCCGGCCCGGCCUGGGCGCGGCCUCUCCUGCGCUUCUCUGGUCACUCUGCUUCUCUCUCUGC